AUGGCAUCAUAUGACUCUGCAUCCACAUCACACAGCGUGUCAUCUCCACCAAUUGAAAGACACCGUCUCAGACGUAAACGCUCUCCAUCCCCAUCUUCACAACACUUCAGCGUAAAUCCGUUUGCUGCACAUCGCACAUAUUCCCCGUCAACCCGUGCUUCUGACAUCGCACGCCUCCUUGACCCAACAUACGCAUCUCCGUCUCAUCAAACAGCCUUCAAGGCACUAGGGUCACGAACUGCUAUCAGGGAGGUCUAUGUUGAUCAUCACGGUGACCUCCAUGACCCUGAUUUCCGGGACUUCCCCACUUUUGGCCACUCUAAACAGAGUUGGGAGCGGACAUAUCCAGACGAGAGUGAUGCAGAGGAGGAUGAGGAGAUCUACCAGAGACGUGCGUCUAUCGAGAAGCAACGGAAGCGGCCAUCCACUACUGCUUACUACGCCUCCCCUGUUUACUACCCCUACGACGAGCCUUCGUCGUACGAGUCAAGAAAUCUAGCUGAAGUUGAAGAUGAAGACGAGCAGCUAGAUCAUCAAGAACGGGCACCUCUCAAGGAGAAGUGUUUCGUUACGCGAUCAAAGUCUCCUGAGAAAAGUCCUCAGACUGAGAAGGAGACAUAUCCUGAGAACCUUCAUAUCGAGGUGCCCCAAUCUCUUGCAGCUGACGGUGACUGGACACCUACGUGUGGACAUGCUAUUCGCCGUCAGUGGCACGCCUUUACACUAAGCCUGCGCUUUACUCUAUUCCGGACUAAGCGUAGGAUUCAGCGGAGAAUGUCCAGCUGA